CCAUAAAUCAUUACAUAUCUAUCAGUUCAAUCUUGCAAUUGUACACUUGCAACUUCCUCUCUUGUUGUUGCCACUGGUGCAACUUUCACUGUGUUCUAUUCUAUGCAUCUCUUUACCAAAUUGCCCCUGCUCAGAAGUGAAAUUACUUCAUUUUUUCUAACUUUUUUUUUCUUAUCUGGGUUUUGGAAUUUGCAUGCAGAAGUGGGUUUUUCUAGGGUUUGGAGGCUAUGCCGAAAGCGGGUUAAAUAAGCUUAGUUUGGCGACAGACAAGGUAUUUUAUGGAUUGCAUGACUAGAAGUAAUCGAAGUUACUGUUCACUGGAAAUACACUCCAUACCAAAGCAUUGGAAGGAGAAGAGAAUUUCUUGUAUUCUUUUCUUGAGCUAACUUUGGCGUAACAUAAAAAGGAACUUGCUUAGGUUAUUUCUUUAUUUCUUUCUAGGUGAAGAAAAUGAUUCUCACAAAGCAGUACCGAUGCAUACACUCGGCUAGCUGUCAAUGUACCAAAGGGUAUUUAAGUGAAGAUGUGAUAUUCUUAGUAUUUCAUAAUUUGAACUGGAAUCCCAGGCUGAUUGCUACUCUAUCCUGUGUGUGCAAAUGGUUUGAUGAUCUUGCCAAACGAGUUCUAUGGAAAGAGUUUUGUCGAACGAGAGCUCCAAAGAUGCUGCAGGAUCUGCAAUCUAAUGGGAGCCACAUCGUUGAUGGAAACUGGAGAGCUUUAGGGAAGUUGCUGAUAUACUGUUCAGGAUGCACAAAAGGUGGCUUGUUCAAUAGCAUUCAGAUCCCUGGUCACUUUGUUUAUCAAACCCGAUUUUCUAGAACAUCAGGAAAGAGCUUUCUUUUGCCUCAAUGCAGAACUGAUGUUUUGUAUGUGUCUGAUCCCUGUGAGCAUCUUGACCAAGGUGAAGAAGGGGAUGUAGGGUUCUUCCGUGGAAUUUUUAAGUCGUUUGCUACCUCAAAGGUCAGAAAGAUGCUUAUCAAUAAAGGUGCCAAACUCCAUCCAAGUGAAGUCUGCCCUUAUUGUAAGGCAAAGUUGUGGAGCAUGCUGCAAGCCGAAAUGAUACCUCAAAGUGCUAGUCUCAGAUUGGGUUCUUAUGAUGACUGUAUUGAGUAUUAUGUGUGCCUCAACGGCCAUGUGCUUGGGAUAUGUACUCUGUUACCACUGUCAGAUUCAGAAGAGGCAUCUGAAUUGAGAUAACACCAAAAUAAUUCUCAGGUUGGCAGAAAAUCAUCACAAGUUGGUUGAAAACUUUGGUGGUAAAUUCAUGGGUCAAUUCAGCCAAUCGGAGAUGGUAAAGUCGUGGUUGUUACAUCGAGCUUGUUGCUUCAGUCUCUCCAAGCCAAUAUUUCCAACGAUACAGAGAUAUUAAGCAUUUGUUGGAAUGAUUAAUAGACAAGGUUUAGUGUGAAAUAUGUGAUAUCCCAAAUAUAUUGAUUGAUACGAGAUGUCUCUGCAAUACUUCGCACUAGUUCAAUGUAAUGAAUCCCUCUAUCCAACCCUCCAGCUGAACAAUACAAAAUAAAUUGGAUUUAAAUGAGAAAAAAUAUUCUCUCGGUCUUCAUAGGUCUAAAUAAGAAUGCGUGAGAUUAGGGAUACAAAUGUAUUUGAGAUAUAACUAGAACUCCUGUAGAACUUGUAUCAAUUUAUAAAAAGGAUAAAAGGAUGACUCUAGUUAUUCCAUAAAUUCAUGAAGUUUAGGA